UCUGUUAGAACAAUAAGACGUUGCAUAAAAUCAGUGAAGGAAUUUAAGUUUGUGAAAUAUAAUAUAUAGGCAGGAAGUGAGAGUUAUUGCCUUGUUUAACUAUCAAAUUGGAGCGAUCUUUAUAAAUAAACGGGAAACAUCUGUAAACAUUACUAAGAAGAGCAUCGAAGUCAUUUAAAAUAAUGAAAUUCUUUUGGUUCAUCAUUUGCCUUCUAUUCCCAUUAAUAGACCGCUUAUCAUCACUAAACAUUGAAUGCGACUACGCAUCCGCUUAUUUUGAAGCCGUUGGUGAUCUUUACUACUGUGACUCAAAAUAUGACCUCGACAUCUUCUCAAGACAAUCUGCAACUAUUGAUGAGGCUGUUGGCAAGCACGGUUAUGGCAAAACAGGCAAGGACGUUGGUGCUAUAUACUUUUUGAACAAAACUGUAAAAUAUUUCCCACAAGCAGUUGAUAAAUUAUUUCCUAAUCUUAAGGCUAUUGCUAUUUGGGGUGGGGGUACUAAGGAAAUCCAUCAAUCUGAUUUAAAGCCAUUUUUAAAGUUAGUUCAUUUUAUCUUGCAUGAAUGUGAAAUUGAGGUUCUUGAGGAUGGUCUUUUCCAAUUUAAUCCAAAACUUAAGUACAUCUCGUUCCAUGGCAAUAAGAUCUUUCAUAUCCACCCAAAUGUUUUCGACAACCUUAAGAAUUUAUCAUGGUUGUAUCUAGGCUCGAAUAAGUGCAUCAAUAAUGCCUCAGAAAACAGCACAAAAAGUGUCAAUUCACUCAUUCCGGUCGUUAAAAAUAAAUGCAAAAGCUCAGAAUUUAUACAUUUUGACGAAGAUUUAAAGAAACUCGAGGCAGGCAUCGAAAAAGGGGAACUUAAGAAUUUCAAGGCUGAAUUUGCAGAAUUUAAGACUAAAUUUGUAAGCUCAGCAUUUAAGGACAGCUACACUCUCGGUUCUAGAUUCGAUAAGCUUAAUGACUACUUGACUGGAUUAAAUGAAAAGAUUUACUGGACAUUACUUGACAAGGUUGAAGCUCUUGAUAAUAAAAUUGAGCAAAUAACAAGAGGUAUGAAGGCAGGCGAAUUUUAAAUAGAUUUAAAGGAUAACAGGAGAUGUGGAUGCUCCAGAAUAUCCUCAAAUAGCAAGUUAUACAAUAAAUUGCCAGAAAUAAAGCCUCAAUAUCUCGUCAGACAUGAUUCUUUGGGGAUACUGAGCGCUUGAAAAAUAAUAAAAUUAAGUUUAUGCUGACUAAAGUGACCGAAUGUUGAGCAUAAUGGCCGAUUUAUGAAAUAAAUCACAAAAUAAAAUGUAAUAAAAAAAUUAUAAAAAAAAAAUAAAAUUAUAAGCAGAAUUUGAGCUUAAGAGCUCUGAUUUUGGUGCCAUAAAAUGAGAUUAACUUACUAAAGUCUGACAAGGCAUGAUUAACACUGAUACUGUUCAUUUGGAUAUCAUCACGCAUAGCUUGAAGCCGACAUACAUUUUGUAGGAAGUACAAACUAUCGAAAUUCGAGUUGACUUUAAGCUCUGCGUGUAUUAGUGACGUAGCAAAGGUGGCAUCAAACCUACGGUUGAACUCUUGAUUACCCGCUCCUUUGCUUUGCCACUAGCAUGUGUCAUAUUCCAUAGGAUUCUCGGUGUCUUUAUUAACUGCUGACUAGCCAAAAAUUUGUAAUAAUCUUUUAAGAAAUGAAUAAAAAAAUUAAUUUUCGAGC